AUGUCCGACUCCAAGGCAUCCGUCAAAGAUGACAUCGCAGUCGCGGUGCGCCCACGGCAGAGUAUCAGCGUCGAGCACGGCGGCACGAUGACGCGCGACGACGCGCGCCUCGAGGACCUCGGCUACAAGCCGGAAUUGAAGCGUAACUUUUCCAAGUUUGAGACGUUUGGCGUCGCGUUUAGCAUUAUGGGUAUCGUGCCCUCGAUCGCGAGUACCAUCUUCUACAACCUGCCGUACGGUGGUCCGGUCGGCAUGAUCUGGGGCUGGGCGUUGGCGGCAUCCUUCAUUGCGACGGUCGGACUUGCGAUGGGCGACCUCGCGUCGUCCAUGCCGACCUCGGGCGGUCUCUAUUACUGGACGCACAGGCUGUCGCCGCCCAAGUACCGCAACUUCCUCUCAUGGAUGGUCGGGUACAACUCGUUCCUUGGCAACGUCGCUGCCAUCUCGUCCCUCGCCUGGGGUUGCCAGGGCAUCUUCUUCGCUGCGGCCUCGAUGGCUGACGAGAGCUUUGUUCCAUCCGUCGGCGCCCAGUUCGGUCUCUACUGCGGUAUCCUGAUCUUCUGCGCCCUGUUCUGUGCAUACGGCACAACUCUGUUUGCGCGCCUCCAGACGCCCGCAACGAUCCUCAACGUCUCGCUUGCGCUUGCGACCAUUAUCGGUCUCCCCAUUGCCCGUAGGGGUAACCUCAACACGGCUUCCUUCACUUUCGGCGGCUGGGUCAACCUUUCGGGCUGGAGCAACGGCAUGACCUUCCUCCUCUCGAUGAUGGCGCCCGUGUGGACGAUUGGAUCGUUCGACUGCGCCGUCUCGAUCUCGGAGGAGGCUAGCAAUGCCGCCAUUGCCGUUCCUGCCGCCAUCAUCGGUUCGAUCGGAUCCGCAGGCGUCAUCGGCACCCUCUACCUCAUCAUCAUCUCCCUCUGCAUGGGCACAGACGUCGAAGGCAUCAAUAACAGUGUUAUUGGCCAGCCUCUUGCUGUCGUCUACCAGAUGGGCUUCGGAACCAAGGGUGCCAUUGUCAUUUGGUCCUUUAUUGCUAUUUCCCAGGUCUCCAUGACCUCGUCACUCAUUCUCCCGUCGUCGCGCCAGGCCUUUGCUUUCGCCCGCGACCGCGCUCUUCCCUUCUCCACCUACUGGCACCACAUCGACUCGUUCUCCGGCACCCCGGUCCGCACCGUGUGGCUGGUGACGUUCUGCGCGAUGCCCCUGGGCCUUCUGGCCUUUGCCGACCCCGUUGACCUGGCGGCCAUCAACGCCAUCUUCUGCCUCAACAUUAUGGGCCUGUACGUCGCCUACGGUAUUCCCAUCGGCGCCCGCGUCCUCUGGGGCAAGUCCCUCCUUCGCCCUGGUCCAUGGUACCUCGGCAAGCUGUCGUACCCGAUCGCCUGCAUCGCGACGGCAUGGAUGGCCUUUGCCAUUGUCAUCUUCUGCUUCCCUGGUAACCCGAACCCCGAUGGCGCGACUAUGAACUACGCCGUCGUCGUGUCUGCUGCGGUCUGGAUCUUCGCUGGCGGAUACUACUUCAUGCCCAAGAUUGGCGGGAAAACAUUCUUCAUUGGCCCCCGUACCGAGGACCUCUCCGAGGAGGUGCACCAGUACUACGAGGAGACGUUUGGAGACGACCCCAACAAGAACCGGACCGAGAUCAAGGCUGUGCCUGUCCAGUCUUAG